UCCAGAGUUUUGAAGUCCCUGCUCCAUGCUCCACCCCUGGUGUUCCUGCUUUCCAGGUCUUUGUCCCCGGAACUCGCACUCACUCCUGGGUGUCCACUAGGGCUUUUUUUUUUUUUUUUUUUUUUUUUUGCAUGCAUCUGGAUCCCAGUACGACCAGCUAUACAGUCCAGUGUCCUGUCCUACAGAAACCACGGCCCUCCUCAAGUUUGGAAAGAAAGAAGGAAAGAAGAAAAAACACCUUCCCGGCAGGCAGCUCUUUAACGCCUCCUCUCCUCCCGUGGUUUCUCCUCUCGUCGAGCUUGUGAAGCAGCAGUGUGACUCUGAGAUUCUUGCCUGCAGUUUUUUUUUAAAGAAAACUUUUAAAGUGUUUUUUUUUUUCGGUUCGUGUUUUUUCUUUUUUUUUCGAUUGAGGCUGGAACUCGACAUUUUUCUUAAAUAUCCGAGCUGUUAAACGGACGAAGUUAAAGCAGUGUUUCAGGCUGUUUUUCGGUGUUUUUUCUUUUUUAAAUGUUCUUCUUCCCUCGAAGUUGUUGCUGCUGUGAAUGAAGUAUCUGUUGAGCUGAAGGAGCGUCUCCAUGAGGAAACUCAGCGUGGGAGGCUGAAACUUUGUCCGAGCUCCUAUACACACACACACACACACACACACACACAUACACACACAUACAUACGCGCACACACACCUACCUGAGCGACUAUCACUUGUUCGUACUCUUUGUGCUGGUUACUUUGUAGCUAUUUUUUUUGGACUGACACAAAAUGAAGACGCUGCUGGUGCUGUGUGUGGUUUGCACGCUGGCCGUGUUGUCUGUUUCGGGCACUGCGGAGCAAAAGUUGAAAAACUGCAACGACGUCCGCGCUGCUUAUAGCUCCAAAGGCUUCAACGUCAACGAUGUACCCAACAAAGGAAUAAACGGAGCCCCCCUCAAAGUGUGUCCGCAGGGCUUCUCCUGCUGCACCGUGGAGAUGGAGGAGAAGCUGAGCCAGCAGAGCCACACGGACAUCAAAGUGCCCGUCUCCAGGCUUAGCACCAACCUACAAUCCACCUUCAAACAGAGGCACGACCACUUUGACAAGUUUUUCCGUGAGCUCUUGAAGAACGCCGAGGCCUCGCUCCACAACAUGUUCGUGCGGACGUACGGGAUGAUGUACGUGCAGAACGCAGAGCUCUUCAAGAACUUCUUCGAGUCCCUGACGCGGUACUACGUGUCGGGCAGCGCCGCCGUCAACCUGGACUCCAUGCUGUCAGACUUCUGGGCCGAGCUCCUGGAGAGGAUGUUCCGGCUGGUCAACGUGCAGUACGAGUUCAGCGACGCCUACAUGGAGUGCGUCAGCCGGCACACGGAUCAGCUGCAGCCCUUCGGCGACGUGCCCCGCAAGCUCCGCAUUCAGCUGACACGGGCGUUCGUUGCAGCACGCACCUUCGUCCGCGGCCUGGCGCUCAUGCCAGAGGUCGUCAACAAAGUUUCAACGGUCAACGCGUCUCCCAGCUGUGUGCGUGCGGCCAUGAAGAUGUUGUACUGUCCCUACUGCUCCGGCCAAGUAGAGCUGAAGCCCUGCCAGAAUUACUGUCUGAACGUGAUGCGUGGAUGUUUUGCCAACCAGGCCGACUUGGACACAGAGUGGAACAACUUCCUCGAUGCCAUGCUCAGUUUAGCGGAGAGGCUCGAAGGUCCCUUUAAUUUCGAAUCGGUCACGGAUCCCAUCGACGUGAAGAUCUCCGAAGCCAUCAUGAACAUGCAGGAGAACAGCAUGCAAGUUUCACAGAAAGUUUUCCAGGGAUGUGGGCAGCCGAAACUGAGCUCGGCCUUCCGUUCCAAACGUGCCGUCAAGGAAACGGGCUUCACCGGCCGCUUCCGCCCUUACAGCCCCGACGCCAGACCCACCACCGCUGCAGGGACGAGCUUAGACAGACUGACAAGUGACGUGAAGAAGAAGCUGAAACACGCAAAGAAGUUCUGGUCAACGUUGCCAGAGACGGUGUGCACAGGUGAAAGGAUCGCACCUGGGGACGACUGCUGGAACGGAACGGCACAAAGCAGGUACGAGUCGGUGGUCAUAGGCAGCGGACUGGCCAAUCAGGUGUCCAACCCUGACGUGGAGGUGGACAUAACGAAGCCAGACAUUAUGAUCCGCAGCCAGAUCGCAGUUUUGAGGGAAAUGACGAGUAGGCUGAAAGCGGCACACAAUGGCCAAGACCUCUCUAUCGAAAACGGCGGGGACGAUGAGGAGAGCAGCGGAGGAGAAGAGAGCGGCAGCGGCUGUGACUCGCCAUCCUGCGACACAGACCAGGACAUGUAUUUCUCCACCCCGCCUCACCCCGUCAAGCCGCGGGUCAACCCGGUGCAGAGCUCGUCGGCCGCAGUCGCCACACAGGGAAGCAUGGCGCUGGCGCUCUGCGGGCUCGCUCUGACCCUGCUCGCCCCCCACUUGAGAUAGAACCGGCCGGGCAAGGAGAGAGGAAGAGAACGACCAGGAAUGACGGAGCGAAGGGGGAAACCUGUCAGAGAGACUUUAAAAAGACUGCCUUCAGGACCUUGGACUGUCCGCCAUUGGGGGGAAGGGGAGGGGGAGGGGGAGACUCUUCUUAAUAUUACAAUAACUUCACUUUUAAUUAUUUGUUUGUAUGUUUUUAAGGACAUCAGUGUACAGCAAUAUGAUUUUGCCACCUUUUCCGCCCCCUUUUUUUCCCCCUCCCAGGUAAACCUUUACUCCUUAUGGCUCUUUUGGAGCUACAGUAUGGUUCUGGCUGCAGCAUUACAAACAUUAUAUAAUUGUCUUACUCUGGCAAUUUAAUAUCAUAAUUCAUUUGUGUGCCUUCUUCAAUGAUUCCUAUCCAAUGACUAAAACUGAGUGCCUGUGAUGGGACAUAACUUCAUAGUUCUGAGGUUAUUCUUUUCUGUUUCAAUGAUUCUGAGAUCAACAAAUAAUAUAUAGUGAGCCAAUCAGUGCAUCAGCCAGGCGGAAAUGAUGAAGCCGGCUGCAGUAGUAUAGACUUGUUGAUCUCAGCGAAUGAACGGUGUGAGCUUUUUGUCUGUUUUGCUUUUGCCGAGAUGUUUAGAAAGUCAUCUCUCAGAAGCUACAGCGAGAAGUCACAGCACAGGUGUUUUGUGUUCGUUCCAGAGAUGGAAUCAUUUCUUUUUUUAGAAGAGCUUUCUGUGCCUCUCUGCGAGCCCAAACAUGCAUAUGAGCUAUUAUCACAACCUUAAUGUUUUUUUUUUGUUUUUUUUUAAUUGCUUCAUUAAUUUGCGAUUGAGUGGUCUCAGCUAAAACAGUUCCACAGUAAUGGUCAUACCUCACAAAUGCUCUCAUUGUCAAUGCAAAUCUAGUGAUGUUGAGUUUUGAAAGUGUCUGAUAAGAGUUGAGAGACUGCGCGGCCGGCAUCUUGAUGGUGAAAGUUAAUCGCGCCUCAGAAAAAAAAGAGAGAGAGGGACUCCCCUGGCGUUACCCCUGAAGAAGGCAAAGCUGACAAGUCCCGAAUGCCCUGUUUUUAUUUUUGUUGGGUUUUUUUGUGCUUGUUUUUGUUUGUUGUACUGUAAGCUCAGUUCAGCACAGAGGAUCUGACUCUCUACAGUCUUACGUUUUUUUGAAAAGAAAAGGGCGCGACGUGUACGUUCAGAGUGUUUUCACAUUAAACUUAGAGAAGAGGAACAAAAGACAGUGCUUUUGAUCAAAUGAAAUCAAGAAAAAAGAUUAUUUUAAUACAGGGUUUAUGUUGAAGAGGUGUUGUAAUUUUUAGCUAUUUUUUGUUUUUGGUAUGAAGAUAUAUAUUAGGUACUACAGUGGAUUUUACUGCUAGUUGUAGGCGGUUGGAAGAGGACAACGUGCACAGAUAAUGGAUGGAAUGGAGGGGGGGGGGCACUUUUCAGAAGGUGUGCACAGUUUUAAGGGGCUUUUUUUUUUUUGCCCCACACCCCCCCAGUUCCCCACAAAAUACACAUUGUACCUCUUUAAAAACAGCCUGUGUCAGUAUAAACAGACUCAUCCUGAAGCAUUUGAUCUACCUAUCCUCAUCUUCACCUUCUCAUCAUUUCAACACCAGGUUGAAAGUGUUUUCACAAAUGCUACCAAAAUGAAUGCAAUGUAUGGUGCCUGAUCUGAUCUUUUUUUUUUUUUUUUUCUUUCUGUUUUUAACCUCGGUACAUUAUUAGCAAUUUUUUUAAGGUAAAAAAAAAAAAAGAAUGUAGGUGUUAAUGAUUUGUAUCAAUAAUCUGCUCAGAUUCUCUCGUAGGGUUUUGAGCGUGUCACCAGCUGACGAGCACAACAUAAGAUUUUCUGUUAAUUUGAUAAUGGGGUGUGUAAGUUGCAUUACCUGGACAUUUCAUCUCUAAAAUGAUGCUGCCUCAUGUAGCCUUUGUACAGUAACUUAUGUAUGUGUCUUAUUGUCAUUGCAAACAUUCUCCUAGAACUGACAUAGAUGAUCCAAAAAAAAAAUACAGUAUUCUGAAUGUUUUGAUAUGCAUAAUGUAGGUGGAAAUAUUAUUAAUGUCACAGAGUAUUUGAUUUAAUUGGUAUCAGAUUUUGGGGGGCUUUAAAUAUGCCUUUUUGUUAAUUGCAUUUUAAACCUUGCAAGUCUGAACCAAGCAGCUGCAGUCAGGACAGACGGUAAAUAGUAAACAGCCUUUUCUCUACUUGUUCAGCUUCAAAAUUGACAAGUUGAUUGUAAGCUUACAUUAAAUUUUAAUCAAAAGUGAUGUUCCUAAUGAUCAGUCCAGUUGUGAAGACUUGGAAUGAAUCAGUGAGGACAUCUAUAUCAAUUAUCUUACAUGGAAGGAACAUCUAUGCAAACUCACCUAAAAUCCGUGAUGGAGCUGAGCUUCAGCAGCUUGAUUUGGCGUUCCGUCUGCAUGUGACCGGUUCAAUUCUCCUGCUUUCUGUGUACCACCAACAUUUCUACAAGGGCUUGUGCAUGUGUUCUUGUCAUGUGGAGGGAGUUGUGUUGAGUGUGAAGAAAACCCAACUUUCUGAGAGUCAGAGGAAAUGUUUUGGGGCGAUGAUGGUAAAUGUCUGUGCUUGCGGGCCAGGGCAGCAACAUUUUCCGGCUGGCAGGGAGUUGUGUUCCAGCUGCUGGAUGUUGUUCAUUUGAUCCACAGAGUUAACUUCAGUUCUAGUGACUGUGAAGUUGAGUUGGACAGGUGUUGAAACCUUUCCAUCUGCCUUUGGCCCACAAGAACAGAAAGAGCUCACUAUCUGAGGAGAGAGUGAGCGAGUGACUGAAAAGAAUAAAAAAUGUGUAAAUAAAGAGCAGCCGUUUUUAGAUGUCUCUAAAAGAGGCCAUAACAGUACACCAGAUUUUUACUUGUCAGAGUAUCUCCUAAAUGUUAUGGAAAAAACAAGAUGAGAUAGAUGUUAAAUUGUAAGAGAAAAAUGUAUAUUAAACAACAUUUUAGUCUUGUUGAAAUAAAGACUGCCAAUAUUUAAA